AUGGAAAGUCUGGAUUUGGAAACGUUUGCUUCAGGAGUUUUUAUUCUGCUUUGUGUUCAGUCAGCCGUUGGUAACAAAGAACAUUGGACAUAUCAAGAAGGAGACUUGAAUGAAGCUCACUGGGGUUCAAAAUAUCCAGCCUGCACUGGCAAGCACCAAUCUCCCAUUGACAUUCAGAGAAGAAAGGUUCUGUACAACCCUACCCUACCCAACCUAGAGUUAAGUGGAUAUGACGGACCGCAUGAAGGAACGUUCCUGAUGUUAAAUAAUGGGCACUCAGUUGCCAUAAACUUGCCUUCCUCUAUGUCUAUCAGCAAAGGGCUGAUGAAUCGCUAUACGGCUGUUCAGAUGCACUUUCACUGGGGUGGACUUGACCUGGAGAGUAGUGGCUCAGAGCACACGAUUGACGGCAUACGAUACGUGGCAGAGUUACACAUUGUUCAUUACAAUUCUGAUAAAUACAGCAGUUUCUCUGAAGCUUCUACCAAACCAGACGGAUUGGCUGUGCUUGCGUUUUUGUAUGAGGAUGGACAUUUGGAAAACACAUACUACAGCGACUUUAUAUCCAGCCUAAGUAAAAUCCGCUAUGCAGGCCAAUUUACUGAAAUACAACCAAUUGACAUCAGCACAAUGCUGCCAAAUAACCUCUCGAACUUCUACAGAUACAGAGGGUCCCUGACAACUCCACCUUGCUUUGAGACUAUCACCUGGACAAUCUUUGACACACCAAUAGUGCUCUCGUCAAAUCAGAUCCGGUUAUUGGAAAACUCUGUGAUGGACUGGGAGAACAAAACCCUGAGGAAUGAUUAUCGGCACGCACAGCCAAUCAACGACAGAGUUGUGGAAGCCUCAUUUCAACCUCUCCUGGAGAAAGGUUCUUGCCACCUUGAUACACUUCAAGGAAAGUUGGAUAGAAUUGAAGGAAUUUUGAAUAAAUUACAAAAUUGGGAAUCAGGCAGCGAGUUGUCUUCGUAUCCUGCUUUUCACUUCUCCAAGGAAAGCCUUUCGAGUUAUGUGGAGAUCCGAACCCUUCGCAGCAUGAACCUCACUUCAUUUACUACGUGUAUGUGGAUUAGGACAAGGGAUUCCCGGCCAAGGAUCCUGCUGUCAUAUGCAACAAAGGAGAGUGACAACGAACUUGUUAUUUCUGUGGGGCUCGACUGGGGGUUGUGGAUUGGAGGCCAGUUUGUGAAUGUGCCUUUGAGCUUUCGGACAAAUGAAUGGGUGCACUAUUGUGCAACGUGGAAGUCUCAGUCAGGAGCUGUUGAAAUGUGGAACAAUGGGCUAUCGGCCAGGGCGAGGUACAUGAAGAAAGGGUAUGUUAUUAAAGCAGGCGGGACCCUGAUCCUGGGGAAAGACCAUGAUGGCAUUGAGGGCAUGUACUCUGAUGCUUUUGUGGGUGAUGUGACUACUCUCAAUAUGUGGGAUCAUGUGCUCAGUCCUUCAGAGAUUCGACAUUUAAUGGAGUGCAGGUACGGAUGGAAGAAGGGCAAUGUGGUGGGUUGGGGGGUGAGCUUGGUGGCACUGUUUGGCGGUGUGACCCUUGAGGAGGACAGCAGUUGCUUUGGGUAG